CAAGAAGGUGGGGACGAGUUGAGUCACAGGAGCCGGGGUGGUUGCUAAGGUGCGCAUCGAGGGAGGGGGUGGAACGAGGGACCACGGAACUGAUGCCUCGGUUCUUGUUGACUGACAACUGGAUAUUGCGGGUUUAAGGUAGGCAUUCCUGCGUACGGCUGCAGGAUUAUGGGCUCGGAGAGCAGUUCCCUUCGAGGAUUUACGCUCCAGGAUCCACCUUGGACUCAACCGUCGGGGCUUACAAUCUACCCAGCACUACUAGCUGAUGGACGUCCAGCUUCAGUUUUUGUUUAUCAACCGGAAAACCAGGACAAGGUCGACAAGGCUGCUAAGCAUCUGAAAACUCUACGCCACCCAUGUCUGCUACGUUUCCUGUCCUGUACUGUAGAGGAAGAUGGUAUCUACCUGGUCACUGAGCGUGUCCAGCCUUUAGAGAUGCUAAUCCAGAAACUAUCUGCUGAUGAAAUCUGUGCUGGUAUUUUUGAUAUCUUGCAAGCAUUGGUCUUCUUACAUGACAGAGGCAAGGUUUCUCAUAACAAUGUGUGCUUGUCAUCUGUGUUUGUUAGUGAAGAUGGCCACUGGAAACUGGGUGGUAUGGAAAUGGUCUGCAAGCUGACUGAGGUGGCUCCAGAGUCUGCAGAAUUUGGAAUUGUUCCAGUAUCUCUCAGUCAUGCCCGGGAUGCAUUCUCGUUUGGACGGCUGGUUGAAAGUCUCCUGGCACUCAUAAAAGAUCAAAGUGAGGUGGUUUCUAGCUUUAAGAAUACAGUAAAAAAUUCACUUCUGAAUCCAGAACCAGAGCUCAGACCAGCGCUGUCCGCUUUACUUUCCCAUACCUACUUUAGGAAUGAUUUCUUGGAAGUUGUUAACUUCUUGGAAAGCUUAACUGUGAAAACCGAGGAAGAGAAGAAUGAAUUCUUCAAAUUUCUUCUAGAUAGAGUAUCACAUUUGCCAGAAGAUCUAAUUUCCUCACGACUAGUGCCUCUUCUACUUAAUCAACUUGUGUUUGCUGAGCCCAUGGCAGUAAAAAGUUUUCUGCCUUAUCUUCUCAGACCUAAAAGAGACAUUAUGGGAAGAAACCGAGAAGACUGCCUGCUUUCCCCAGCACUUUUCCAGGCCAAAGUUAUCCCAGUACUGAUGAAAAUGUUUGAAGUCCAUGAGGAACAUGUUCGUGUAGUGCUUUUGACUCACAUAGAUGCCUAUGGGGAAUUGUUCACUUUGAAGGAGUUGAAGGACAUCAUUCUUCCACAGGUCCUCCUGGGCUUGAGAGAUACCAGUGAUAUGUUGGUAGCAGUCACCCUCCGUGGCCUUGCUGCUUUAGUGUGUCUGCUUGGACCAGAGGUGGUAGUUGGAGGAGGAAGGGUUAAAAUAUUUAAAAGUACGACACCAGGAUUUACAAAAACUACUGAUACUACUCCAGAAGAUUCUCCAGUGCAUUUUGCCAAUAACCAACAGAUGCUUCUGAACCAUGAUACAAAGACCAGUUUGCCAACAGUUCUUGCCAAUCGUACUUUAUCAGGAAGUGACCAAGCCAGUCAGAACACUUUGUUAGGAAAUGAUUUGGAUAUAAAAAAAACUUUCAAGGAAAUAUCAAGGGGUGAUCUUUAUACAAAUGAUCACUUGUCACAUGCAACCUCAAUAAACCAAGUAACUAUUUGUCAGAACGCUCUUAGUACUAGCAGUGUAAAUAAAUCAUCUGAAGAGUGGCCAGAUUGGAAUGAGCCAGAGAUUGGUAAUGCUGAGGUGAAAGAAAAUUUACAUGAGAAUACAGCAAACACCUUGGUUUUCAAUGACCCAGAUAACGAGCUAUGGGAUGACUUUGGAUCACCAAAUGAACUUUCAGGAAAUGCUGCCACAAAAAGUUCAAACUUUGCCCAUCUGGGCACUGAUAAAAAAAAGCCCAACUCUGAUCUCAGCAGUUUUUCUACUGUAGGCAGCUGGAUAACCAGCACUCUGAAACCAAUUAAAGAAACCAACAAAACCGUGUUAAAAUUUCAGAAAUCGUCACAGGAAAAUCCUGCAGAGAAGAAAUUUGGUUCAGGAUUUGAUUUGGGAGAAGAAUUCACAAUAAAGGUCACAAAGAAAGCCAGAGACCCUGAACUGGACUGGUUUGCUGACAUGACUCCAGAAAUAAAAUCAUCUUCUGUUCUUUUUAAUGUAUCUAAUUUUGAAACCGGGAACCUUGUAGAACAAUAUAAAGAAAUUGGUAAUGAAGUUCACAAUAUAUCGGAUACAAAUAGUUCUAAGAAUGGAUUUUCAUCCAAGUUUGCUGCUGCUGACCAUACUGCUGAUAUGGAUGCAGAAGGCUGGGGUGAAGAAAAUGACUUUAGCUGGGAAGAAGAUUCCUAUAACUGAUUAACCUUUUGAUGGCAAAGAUGUUAUACUACUUGUUGUAUAGGCCAAGAGUAUAUACUCAGUGACAUUAUUAGUAGACAUUUUAGAAGGACCUGUGCUUACAUAAAUUGACACAGCGGAUGAAGAAAUAAAUUAACAUUUUCGUCAGUAAUUGUGAUUCUAUACUUAUGGUGCUUUUUGGUUUGGAACUGGUAAUCUCUCAUGACUUGUUUCAUUUGUAAUCAGAACUGUAGUUUCAUUGAAACUAUAUUAAGGAAAUGUUUGUUUUUUGUUGUGUGGUUGAUUUAUAUUUGAAGUAUGAAAAAGUUUGCUAUAGUGUACAGUCCCUGACAGCCUCAUAUCACCUCAUGGUUUCCUUUUAAAGUAUUUAAGUGUAACAAUUUUAUGCUAAUCUAUAGUAAAUAAAAUAUCUGUCAGGAUUAAAGAAAAAAAAA